AUGGAAUACAUCCACCAUAACCAGGAAUCUCGCCAGCCAUACCUUCUCAGUCCCAGUGAGCCGUGUUCCUUGGACCACUAUUGCCCAUCUCGGAGCUCUGGUGAGCCGCCACUCAGCCUAACAGAACCCUUGUCGGCCGCCAGCAGCAGCAGCACUUUCCCAAGGAUGCACCACACACCGCAGCAGUACGACUCCUGCGACGAGUGCAUGGCAGCCGCCCACCCUUCCAGCAAGAUCAACCGGCUGCCUCCAACCCUCCUCGACCAGUUUGAGAAGCAGCUGCCCCUUCACCACGACGGCUUCCACACCCUACAGUACCAACGAGCCAGCAGCACGGAGCAGCCACGCAGUGAGAGUCCCAGCCGCAUCCGACACCUUGUCCACUCGGUCCAGAAACUCUUUGCCAAGUCACAUUCCCUGGAAGCCCCAUCGAAGCGGGAGUACAACGGCACCAAGAUGGAAGGGCGGGGAGGCGACGGAGCUUACCACCACCACCAUCCUCACCACCAUCACCGCCAGUCACGCCACGGCAAGCGCAGCAAAAGCAAAGACCGCAAGUUGGACUCCUCCUCAUCCUCUUCCCGCCACCGGAACAAGAUGAUGGGCUGGUGGAGCUCAGAUGAUAACCUGGACAGUGAUAGCAGCUACAUGGUGUCUGGGAGGCAACACGCCGUCGACCAGGCUACCCAGUACUGUGUGGACACUCCUGAAAGUGCCUUCAGAGACUUGACCUUGAAGAGUCUGAAGGGUGGAGGUGGGGAGGGCAAAUGCUUGGCCUGCGCAGGUAUGUCCAUGUCCCUGGAUGGCCAGACUGUCAAGAGGAGCUCCUGGCAUACCAUGACGGUCAGCCAGGCUCGGGAAGCUUAUCCCAGCUCUGGAGGAAGCCAGGAGAAAGCCUUGAUGCGCCAAGACGCAAAAGCCAAUGACCGGUCCUACCAUUAUCUUCAGGUGCCCCAAGAUGACUGGGGAGGAUACCCGGCAUCUGGGAAGGACGGUGAGAUCCCUUGUCGACGGAUGCGGAGCGGCAGCUACAUCAAGGCCAUGGGAGAUGACGACAGUGGAGACUCAGACACCAGCACCAAGGUGUCGCCCAAAGGGGCAACCCGACGGGAUGGGUACCGGCGUUCCUCCAGCGUAGACCAGGCCAGAACCAACUGCUGCACGUCACCCCGAAUCCGGCCACGGGGACAGGGGUAUGGACGGUCCUUCACUACUGGGCAGAUUAAUGAAGAGUUGAACCACCAGUUUGAGGCUGUGUGUGAGUCGGUGUUUGGGGAGGUAGAGUCGCAGGCUGUGGAGGCCUUGGACCUGCCCGGUUGCUUCCGCAUGCGCAGCCACAGUUAUCUGAGAGCCAUUCAAGCUGGCUGCUCUCAGGACGACGACUGCCUCUCUCUCUUCACCAUGGCAACAGCUACCCACCAACCUGGCCAGCCCCUCACCACCUUCAGUUACAGGAAAGCGCCGCCUCCCCUCCCUGCAGGAAUCAAAGCCAAGCCCCUCAUCUCUGUCACAGCGCAAAGCAGCACCGAAUCCCCCCACGACAGCUUCCUGCCCAGAGAGGUCGCCCGAAGCCCGUCGUGGUCCAAGGAGACCGCCAAGCGCUGCAAUUCCACCGAGAGCUUGGAAAGCACCAAGAUCACCGCCAUGUCCUUAGACUUGCCUUCCAUCCAACCCAGGACUUCCCCUAAGCCCUCCACUCUCAUCAUAAGGACGAUUCCAGGGAGGGAGGAGCUGAGAAGCUUGGCCCGCCAGAGGAAGUGGCGACCGUCUAUCGGAGUUCAGGUGGAAACCAUUUCUGAUUCUGACACAGAAAGCAGGAACCGUCGGGAGUUCCAUUCCAUCGGGGUACAAGUAGAAGAAGAUAAAAGGCGAGCUCGGUUCAAACGGUCAAACAGUGUGACAGCCGGUGUGCAGGCUGACUUAGAACUGGAGGGCCUGGCUGGGCUGACUGUGGCCACAGAGGAUAAGGCGCUUCAGUUCGGCCGCUCCUUCCAACGGCACUCCUCUGAGCCAGAAUCCACACGGCAGUACUCCGUAUACAAGACGGUGCAUACGCAAGGCCAGUGGGCCUACCGGGAAGAUUACCAGAUGCAGUACGACACGGUGGAAGUGCCCCGCCAGGACUCUUGGAUGGACAGAGGUUCACGCAGCUUGCCCGAUUCUGGCCGAGCAUCGCCUUGCCACCGGGAUGGCGAGUGGUUCAUUAAACUGUUGCAGGCAGAAGUGGAAAAGAUGGAAGGCUGGUGCCAGCAGAUGGAACUGGAGGCAGAAGAUUACGAUCUGCCAGAAGAAAUCCUCGAGAAGAUCCGUAGCGCCGUAGGAAGUGCUCAGCUCCUAAUGUCUCAGAAAGUACAACAGUUUUACCGACUCUGCCAACAGAACAUGGACCCCAACGCAUUCCCCGUGCCCACCUUCCAGGACCUGGCAGGAUUCUGGGAUCUCCUGCAGCUCUCCAUUGAGGACGUCAGCAUGAAGUUUGCGGAACUUCACCAGCUUAAAGCCAAUGGGUGGAAACCCCUCGAGCCCAAGGAGGAAAAGAAGGUGCCUCCACUGAUACCAAAGAAGCCACCACGUUCCCGGCUGCACCCAGUGAAGGACCGUUCCCUGGACUCCGUAGACCGGCAACGGCAGGAGGCCCGGAAGAGGCUCCUGGCAGCCAAGCGGGCCGCCUCUUUUCGCCAGAGCUCAGCCACUGAGAGCGCCGACAGCAUUGAAAUCUACAUCCCGGAGGCCCAGACCAGACUGUGA